CCACUUGGUGCACUCUUGUGGUUCUAGCAGGAGCGUCACAGCUGCUUGCUCUCUGACAGUGUGGCAUCGCUCUCAUAUAGCACACAGCGAAAAGUGCUCCAGACAAACAUUACAGUAUGUAUGAUUGGACUUCUUUCAGAGGAAUAUGGGUUUGCCUCCUUUUUAAAAAGUUUUUCUAACUUCUUGAAUUUGUCAUUUUUUCACUAUCCUCUCCAGGGAUGUAUAAAACCAAGACAAAAUAAGCAAAAAAGGAUUGUUUUCGGGGUUUUAAUUUGGACAUUUUGGAUGCAUUGCAUUGACAAGACAACAUGUUGUCACCGGUGUUUGGAGACAUAGGAGACAGACAUACAUGUUUGGAUUAUCUGGACACUUACCAGUGAUACAUGAAAGCUGUGAAACAUGUCAGUGGGAGAUUUACAUUUGCUUGGAAUGAACAAAAACGCAAGGGUGUGACAUAGAGAGACCAAAUUGUUGUGUGUUUGACUUUAAAAAUGCUAUUACAAAAUGUUGUUUUUUACUCUUAAUGCAUGAAAAAUCAAUUUUACCUUUGUGUAUGUCUUUUCUUAUGAAGAUGGACUUUAACUUGAGUAGCAUAGUGCUCUACGCGGUCAACACCACUGUGACCCCCCUUCACAACAAUACAGGACCCUACCAUCCUGCAGCGGGACCCUGGAGUUUACUAUUGCUGGUGAUCAUCAUCAUGACCAUCGUGGUGGGCAACCUGCUGGUCAUCAUCGCUAUAGCACGCACAUCCCAGUUACAGACUAUGACUAACAUCUUCAUCAUGUCCCUGGCCUGUGCUGACCUCAUCAUGGGGGUCCUGGUGGUCCCUCUGGGGGCCACCAUCGUGGUGACAGGGAACUGGCAGCUGAGUGACAUCUCCUGCGAGCUCUGGACCUCCGUAGAUGUGCUCUGUGUCACGGCCAGCAUCGAGACUCUUUGCGUGAUUGCAGUGGACCGCUAUAUUGCCAUUACAAGGCCCCUCAGGCACAAGGUUCUGCUCAAUAAGUGGCGCGCCCGACUAAUCGUGUGUGUGGUGUGGAUUGUGUCUGCUCUGAUCUCUUUUGUGCCCAUCAUGAACCAGCUUUGGCGGGCAGAAGAGGACCCGGAGGCCUUGGUGUGCUAUCAGGACCCUGCCUGCUGUGACUUUAUGACCAACAGCACUUUUGCCAUUAUAUCCUCUGUAGUGUCAUUCUACAUCCCUUUGCUCAUAAUGAUAUUUGUCUAUGUCAAAGUCUUCCUCAUAGCCACACGACAGGUACAGCUCAUAGACAAGACCCGGCUGCGCUUCCAGAAUGAAUGGCCAGAGCCGACGACAACACAGCUGAGCAACCAGAGUUGCAACAUUUUGCCCUUGGGCUAUGGUGGCAGUAGCAGCUGCACCAGCUCACCUCGCAAGAGAAGCUCCAGACGAAGACCCUCACGGCUAACCGUUGUCAAGGAGCACAAGGCCCUCAAGACCUUGGGCAUUAUCAUGGGCACCUUCACCCUCUGCUGGCUGCCUUUCUUUGUGGCUAACAUCAUCAACGUGUUUGACAGGAACGUGCCCCCGGGAGAGAUCUUCCGCCUGCUCAACUGGCUGGGCUACAUCAACUCUGGCCUCAACCCCAUAAUCUACUGCAGGAGCCCUGAGUUCCGCACUGCUUUCAAGAACUUGCUGGGCUGCCCCUGGUUUUCCACCCCACGAUUAAACACCUUAGGUGUCUACAAGGAGAAGCGGACACACUGCCCCUGCUUCCUGGGUUCGCCUGAGGCAGCCAGCUCUUUCCAGAAGCCCCCUGCUGCUGCCAGGCCUGAGGGGGACGAGAGCCUGGCUAGCAGUCAGAGCAGCGACAAGAGUGAAGAGCCUUCCCCAGGACCCCCACACUUUAACGGCAACACACAGUUCAGUGAAUUCUCCAAACCAGAAAAUGAAUUCUUCCACUUGUUUGGCAUGGCAAAUAUAUCAGGCAAGAAAUAGCUUUUGGAGAGAAUCCACCAAGAGGAGAGGCAGUGGAAAUAUGUCGAUCUGCGGCCCAGCCUAAUGUACUGAGUGAUUCAGAGUGCAUGCCACAAUUGGCUUAUUACUCCAAAUGACUGAGUAAACAUUUAUACACACAUUAGGUGACACCAGCACUAUUUUCAACAGACAUUGGUGAUGUCCUGGCUUGAGUCCUAGAUAUAGAGCUACAUGCUGAGUUUGUAAUGCUACCCAGCAAUGUGUAAAAUCUAAAUCCUUUCUCCCAGAGAGUGGAAUGCAAUGCUGUCUUAUUAUGAAUAAACAGAAACAUUGUACUCUGUUGUACAUCAUUUGUCAGUUAAACAGCAUUUGUCAUCAUCACUGGUAUCAACGGUAAAAAGUCCAGUCAAUAUUUAGAAAGGCUAGUCAUUACAGUUCGUCCAUGCAUCUAUUUCUCAUAAUGGUAUCAAUGAAAUACACUGUAUAUACUUUUCAGUUAUAGGCAUGCAGGAUGGCCACAGAAAAUAUGCGCAUCAAUUAAGUUAUAUUUGUAAAAUGAAUAAAACAGUUGACAGAUGACAGAUGAAAGCAAGCCUUUUCAUUCUGGCACAAAUAAAUCACAUUGUACAAUCUUUAACACAAUGGUCACUUUUUCAAAUUACAGCAGGUGACAAGAAUUGUAUAUAAAAAAAAAUGGUCACGAUUCUAUAAAAUUAGAAACUGCAGCAGUAGCUACUUACCCAGGAAAUUACCUGAACUAGAGCUCUUUUCAUGUGCAGUCGUCCAUGACAGACCAAAAAUGUUCCUUUUAAAUAUGUGAGCACUGCCAUCAACUGAGCACCACAUGCUAUAUAAGUAUUUUGUUGGAUUAGAAAGGGAUAUUACCUCAGAGAGCAUGAAAUUAGGAACAGGAUCAGCUAAAGCAUGGUAAUGACACUCUUCGACACUCUUCGACACUCAUUGUCAAUGAGAGCUGAGUAUCUGAUCAAAUCCUACAGCAUCAUAGAGCAGGCCUAAAUGGUGUGGUUUUGGAGUUGAGUAAGUAGUUCAGUAUGGGACACAUCUUAAAAUGAUGAGAGGAGGUUGAAGUCAAUGUUUUACUGCACUGUCUGCAGUUGAAUAAAGCAAAAAAAACUUAAUCUCAUUGAUUGUUUCUUUCCAAUUUACUGUAGUGUUGAUAGUAAUGCCCUGAGGUCUGGAAAGAAACAUCUAUGUGUUGGAAGGUUCUUAAUGGUGAGGAACCAUGUGCUCCAGGUGGUUCUUAAGAAACUGCAAAAAACUUGAUUGAAAUAUUUUAGCGCCAUCAAUCAUAGAAAUCAACAUAUUUGGCACUUCCACUGUAGUAGACAGGAUUACAAAAUAAACCCUUUGGCCCCAUACCUGCCAGAGGCAAGACCUCCAUUUCUGACCACAAAGUCCACCUUCGCCUGUUGACGUGUACUGUAAAAGAAAAUACACUUAACUCAAAUGAUGGAUGUCUCUGCCUGAGACUUUGGGAUGAAGCGAAAGCCAAAUUUGAACUAGGAUUUAAACUACACAGGCAAUUAUUUCCCUCAGAAGAGCAAGUGAAAGUACAGUACUUGCUUUAUAAGGGCUAAGGGUACUUGAGUCAUAUUUCAUCAAAUGUUUUCAUUUUUCUGUAGAUUUCUCUAGCAAAACAAUGGUGGGCAUUGUUUAUAUUUUCCUGCGUAGACAUGUACUGUAAAACUGAUAGGAUCAGAAUCUCUGGCAUUUUGAAAAAAGGAUUGGUUGGGUAUGUUUGGGGGAAAGAGAACCCUAGAGUACACACUACCAUGAAGUGAUUGAUGGGGAUAGGAUGGAAAUUAAUCAAUCAGGAGAGAUAUGUUUAAAAGCUCAAACUCAAAUAAGCAGUAAAACUGUUUCCCAGUUAAAAAAUGAACCCAAAUCCCACAAUGUUCAAUACAUUUAUGUAAGCUACACAUUUCAACCUCCUCCCACCAUGUCAGAGUAACCUCUCACAAAGGGCAUUUGCCAAGUCAAACAAACACAUCAUCUCCUGAUGAGACCAUUAGUUGGCCUUCAUAUCUGGAUUCUUUAACAGUAAAGGAGCAUGUGUUUGGGAUUUAAUGGGAGGAUGGGGUGAACAACAAGUCUGAUAUUGCAAAUUAAAUGUAAAUGACAUGAUCAAAUAAGAUGUUUGGAUCAAUUUCAGGGUUGGAUCCCAAUGCUUUGAAUUCCAUUCCAUCAUUUUGUAAAAAUAAAUAUUUUCCAAAAAGGUGAUGUCUUGAAUAUACAGUAUCAAUGCAAAAAUAUCAUCUUCUCCAAGGCUGGGAAAACAAAACACCUUUUAUUAUAGAGUUGAUAUUUCACCAUUGAUACAAUAGCCACUUUCUGCUGGCUCUGAAUUUGUUACAGUAAAAUGUGCUUAGUAUAUUUUGGCUAAUAUGGCAUCAACAUUCCUCAAAAGUAAUGAUGUUCGAAAUGACAUUCUUAGUACUCAGUGAAUCAUAGGCUUUAACAAUGUCUGGAAUAUGAAGUAUGACAGGAAUAUGACUCAAUACAGUAAGCACAAAAACUAAUUUCUC